AUGGUGGACGACCAGGACAAUCUGAUCCCGCUCCAGGACAGACACCGGCCGCACAAGGGGAAAUUGGGCCUUAUCAAGGCUUUCCGGCAAAAGAGCUGGAGUCGUGGUCUUCGAACUAAAAAGGGCGAGCGUGUGUUGUUUUACAUGGUGAUUGCAGUCGGUAUCACCACUCUAGCCUUCAAGCUAGCGACCUUGGGGCUCCACAUUGCUUUAUACAGCACAUCGGUAUUCAGUGAUUCUAUUCCGCUCACAACGCCACGAGCAUGGUACGGCUUGACCGGUGUCAGCAUUGGCAUUGUCCUUGUUAACUCGCUCUUCUCUGUGUGGAAGCACGCCAGAUUACGCAAGUUCAUCAAGCAAUCGGAGUCGGCUUCCCUUGAAAAGGGAUUACCAGUGGACGCAAAGAUCUUGCCUCCGAAAGCGACUCUAUUCCAAAAUAUUGGCAUUCUUUCCUGCACAGUUCUGAACUUGUUCAUGCUGGUCACCACGAUUGCUUUGCUAGUCGAUUCGUCGUCACGAAUGUUGGAAAAUGAUUACACGGCAGUUUCGCUGGCACUGGAGGUCUUGGAGAGUUUUGCCGCUGGACUGAGCGCUAUUUUCACCAUUUUGGAUAUCAUGUACCUGUGUUGGACGGUGUUUAUGUUUUCGCAGAGCAUUCUGCUCGUCGUGUCGAUCCUCAACUUUGUCAUUGCAGUCUUGACGGUCUUUAUCAAUGACCUGACUCGUGCUUUGGUCAAUUACAAUAACGACGAGAAUCCUUACUCCAUUUUCGAUGACGAUAAUGGUACAAGUUUCAAUGUAAACGUCCAUGCAUUCAGCCAUUACCGUGUGUAUCCUAUGUUUGCUCUUGUUGAAGGCGCUGUUGGAUUAAUGGGCGUCGGCAUAUGUCUUGUCGUUGGUGCUAGCAAUCGGUUGACCGUCACACUCGCGGAUCUGAUGCGGUUUUUCGUGCUCUGUUCCAUCGUGUCCAGUAUCCUUAAUGUCGUUUGGUUCGCAAUGUCUUGUGCAAAUACCGGGCUUCAGACAAACAACCCCUACAUGCACGAAGCUAUUAUUGCAAACCCGGUGUUGUCCUCUGUUGGUUUCUGUCUUUUAAUUAUUGGUAUUCUUACCUGUGCACACCUACAAGCUCAACCACCUAAUAAAUUACGGGUUCAACCGUAUCGCCUGGAUAGUUUGACUCCUCAAAAGCUGCGGGCCUGGGAAGCGCUGAUUGAUCAGUACAGUCGAUCUAUUCCAGGUGCCGCGUCCGGUAAACAAGCACUGGACCUUAUGCAGGCAUAUGUCAAGUCACCCAUGGACGGCAUGGAUUGCGUAGUCCUCCGCGUUUACGACGAGGAAGUUCGAGACCGAGAACAGGAAAAGUCAUACGAAAAAGUUCGUGCGUGGCAACAGCUUGAUACUCAGUCGCUUUUUGAAGAUAACGAUGGGGUGGCCGAUGUAUUAACUCUUGUGCCUAGCGAUGGGUCUCCCGCCGCGGGCGAGAAAAAGAUGUCAAAGAAUGCAGCUAAGCGGGCUGCUCACAAAGCGGCUAAAAAGCAGGCAAAGGGUAACAAGCGUGAUAGUAUCAAUUAUCCUAUCACUGCUGCACAGAACACCAACGAGCUACAGGCCGAUCUCGAGUUCAGAGCAGAGCUGAUGGCAACAGAGGCUUUGGUUAUGCUCACUCAGAUUCACGAGUAUGACUUGACUGCUCCCAUCAAUGGACGGAUGGGAAAGUGGCUGCUCAAGACACUGGGUGUCGAGAGUUGGUCGAAGCUGCUGGUAGUCCGCAUGGGUCUUCUUGCUACCCAUUGGCCAUUCAGACAAGCCAUUUUUUAUACAGCGCCUACGAAGCGACCAAACGCGCGGUCUGCGGCUGUCUUGCAGGCAAUCGCCGAAUGGAAUAUCAAGCGGCCUCGUGCAGAACGGUGCACUAUGCUACUUGACCCUGUCCCAGCUUACAAUGGAUCAGAACAAAGCAUCCAACCUUCAGGUUGGCUCCCCACCUAUGUCCCACCUUCGCAUGUUGUUGAUCUCCGAAAGUUCAAAGGAAAGCAGCUAACUGAUUACUUGAAGGCCAUCAAGUACCGCAACCAGGCUGUUGCGUUCAAUAAAGCCAACGGCGAAGUUGUGGAAACUAGCGAUUUCUCGUAUGAAAAUUGUUCAAUUGUCAUGAACUUGUGGCACAAGAUUGCUGAAAAGCGCACUAGUGAGGGAUACACGGCAGUGCUCAAAGACCCCAAUGUGGACUUCUUGAUGAGCUUGGGUGACAGCGAAAACAAUCGCAACUCUUAUCGCAAGCUCUUGUUCUUGAAGGUCGAUGGCGAGGUCAUCGCAUCUGCUGUAUUGUUCUUCCUAGGCGAUACUAUCACGUCGGAUAUCCAAGGACUCGACCACGAAAAGGCUCGCCAGUUCAAAGCUUACUUUGUGAUGAUGCAGGAAACAAUCGCAAUUGCCCUGCGUGAUAACAUUUCCUUUGUCGAUUUUGGCCCUACCACUGGUAAGGCCAAGAUGGAUAUCGGAAGCAGAGAAAUCCCGCUCAAGGGUGCUAUUUAUGCGCAGCAGCCCCUAUCCACGAUGGUUCAGUUGUUUGCUGAUCAAGUUCACAGCGGCUAG